AAGCCCAGGCGCCCACACCGCAACGCCUCUUCCGGCCUCUCAAAGCCUAAGCUUAAGCUUUGAAUCUUCAACUCAAACUAUCCCAACCCAAUCCAUACUUCUUUUUUCUCUCCUCAGUUUCUUUUCCUGUUAUCUUCGCCGACCGACAAAUCUACCUAUAUUACAGCACCUCCGCCAUACUCGACCAUACCAUACCAUUCCAUCCUAUUCCUGGCCCACACCCUCCCCAACCAACCGGAUACGCCAACCCAACCAACUCGUCCGUGGAAUUCAUGCAAUAAAGAACCGCAACCAUGCCUGGCCAUGCGGACUCAUCGCCUGCGGAUGGCACAGCGAAUACAUCAUCCAACACCUCUCGAAACGCUCAGCGCAGUCAACGCCACGGUAACAAUAACAAUUCCUCAAACUCGUCGUCGUCGUCGUCGUCGGACCGCACUCCGCCCGUCUACGGUUACCACAACACUUUCCACACCCACGCGCAGAUCCCUGUCGACAGUCCUCCACCCAAUUAUGCCUGCGCCAACAGCCGACAAACUUUGGCCCGUCUCGAUUCUAUUGCACGUGCUGAGCGCGCUGCAACCUCGCUCUCCAUUCCAUCUUACUCGUGCACUGUCGAAAUCUCGGCGCUGUUGAGCUUGAAGCAAGAGCUAGUGUCUCCCUUCCAGAUCGCCUCGGACCGCGAAUGGGUGGAUUAUUACGUUGUGCUACAAGGCACCCAGCUGAAUCUGCACCGACCCAAAUUGCCCCAUCUUCUCAGUAAGAACAAAAACAUCGUUCCAGGUCGACUGAUCCGCUCCUACACGCUGCAGCAUGCGGAAGUCGGCGUGGCCGCAGAUUUCAAGAAGACCGCCCUCAUUCCAAAAUCCCCCUUCGCUCACCUGGUCCCCACAUCUGCCCGCCAGAAAUUAUACGACACGGAUCCGCACCUCUUCGAACCUGUACGGGAACAUGUGAUUCGCCUACGACUGGAGACGGAGCAAUUCCUCAUGUGCGCUCCAACCCAGCUUCAGAUGCUCGAUUGGGUCGAGAAUCUGUGUGCUGCCAUUGACAUCAGCCUUCCGAUAGAGGACCGCAGCGAGCCCCGCUACAGGAGUCUGCCCAGGAGGACCCGGCGACAGCGCCAGGUCGAGAGCUCCUCCCGCGCAACGGGCGUUGAUCUCGACAACCUUUCAAACGUCGAGGCUGGCAGGAGAUUCAUCGCCGAGCAAGAGCGUAUCUUCCGCCAACUCUACCCUCACCUCGCGGCCGACGCUCCCGCAGCAGACCGCCCGAUUGUGCAAGAGGUUACGGAGCAGGCAGCUGCAUCGAACCCGAUACUAGACCCAGAAACCGAUGACCUGGAUCCGGACGAUGCUCGCUAUCCCACCGCCCGUCGCACCUCAUCCCGUGACGGGGAUUCCGAUGAGCGCCCUUCAUCGAGCGUCACUACCAGCGACUCUCAGGAUCCAAAGUCGAGCCCUCCCCACCGACACAGCCAUUCGCAGAGUCUACGUUAUCGUCGCCGCUGCGCCCCAUCCUUGCUGGCAUCCUCUCCCCGUGUGAGUGACGUGGUCUACAGCGGGGGGCGCCGCAUGCGCAUCAACGUUAAGGAACGCAUUCUGACGGAAUACAUUCCCCACCCACCGCGCUACGACGUGCAUAAUUUCCCCAAGCAGACGAAGACGCUUGCCCCGGCCGUCGAAAUCGUGGAACCCAGACCCGUACCUGCUCCGCUGGUUCUAGAGAGACCCGUCUCGCCGGUGCGAGCAAUCAGCGACAACUCAUUCUUGAGCUUCGAUGCGGCGGAGCUGGCUCCCACUUCUACCGAGAGCACGGCCGUGGACUCGCAGGAUGAAGCUGAUGCGAUUCGGUCUGCGUCUUCUUCCGCGCCGCCCUCGCCAACGGUCGCCACGCAGGCUAAGGCGGAUGCAGCGCGCAGGCUCACGGCCCUCGGAAAACGGAGGUCCAGCGACGAGAAUGCAGGAAACAGUGGCCUGAGCGCAGUUGUGUUUGGUGUUGGGCUCCUGGUCUGAGGAGUUGAUGCGCCCGGGCGGUCCCCCGGUACACAGUGAUCGCCAGAAGAUCGCCGCACCGGGAGCCUGGCUCUCGGCUGCAGCGCUCCAGC